AACUUACUUUAAAUUUUCUUUUAGUUCUCUAGGAGAAGCAGAUUGGAAAUGCUAAAAAAGAAAGGACCAGAACUGGCUCUGAACCAUGGUGUGUUGAUAGUAUCAACACUCUUUCAGGGGAAAGUGGAAAAACGUUUCGGGACUAAAGGGAAAGUAGAGAUUUAAAAGUUAAUUUCAAAACUGAAACGCAGCCAUGUUUUGUGAAGCACGCCUUAAUAGCAGGACAUUGGAUCAAAGGAUGUGAUCUCACUUCGUAGUAAAACAGGUCUUGCAAGCCAGGUAACUGGGGAAGCAGAAUGGUAAUUAUUCACAGAAGAAAGCAGGUAGUAUUCUGUUACACUAACACAGUGGAAGUCAGAAGGUCACAGAGCUAGCAGGGUCACUGACACAACUAGAAAUCGCUUGGCCCCCUUUAAAAAAAGAUAACGAGAUGGGAGAGAAUGAAGCGACUUUACCUAACACGUCUUUGCAAGGUAAAAAGAUGGCCUAUCACAAGGUCAGUGCAGACCAAAGAGCUCCGGGCCACUCACAGUUCUUAGACAAUGAUGACCUGCAGGGUACUGCCCUUGACUUGGAGUGGGACAUGGAGAAGGAACUGGAAGAGCCUGGUUUUGAGCAGUUCCAGAUGGACAGCACUGAGAAUCAGAACCUGGGGCACUCGGAGACAGCAGACCUCAAUCUUGAUUCCAUUCAACCAGCAAUUUCACCCAAAGGAAGGUUCCAGCGACUUCAAGAAGAGUCUGACUACAUCGCUCAUUAUGCAAGACCUGCACCAAAGAGUGGCCACUGCAACUUUUGCCACCUUUUAAAAAUACUUUGCACAACCACUAUUUUAUUUAUUUUGGGGAUUGUGAUAGGUUAUUAUGCACGGAAGAAUUGCCCUUCAUCUGUGACACCUUCAGGAACAGUUAAUCCUCAGUUAUACCAAGAAAUUCUCAAGACAAUCCAAGCAGAAGACAUUAAGAAGUCUUUCAGACAUUUCACACAACUGGAUGAAAGUGAAGAUGACAUGGAGAUUUCAAAACAGAUUAAGACUCAUUGGACUUCUUUGGGCCUGGAAGACGUACAAGUUGUAAAUUACUCCGCGCUGCUCAGCCUGCCGGGCCCUUCCCCCAGCACCGUGACUCUGAACAGCAGCGGUCAGUGCUUCCAUCCUAAUGGCCAGCCUUGCAGCCAAAAAGCCAGAGAAGGCAGCGGCCAAAAUCCGCUCUACUCCUAUGCAGCCUAUUCUGCCAGAGGAACUCUCAAGGCUGAAGUCAUCGAUGUGAGUUAUGGAACUGCAGAUGAUUUAAAAAGGAUUAAAGGAAUGAAAAAUGUAACAAAUCAGAUUGCACUCCUGAAAUUAGGAAAAUUGCCACUGCUUUAUAAGAUUUCCUUAUUGGAAAAGGCUGGAUUUGGAGGCGUCCUUCUAUAUAUUGACCCUUGUGAUUUACCAAAGACUGCAAAUCUUAGCCACGAUGCCUUCAUGGUGUCACUGAACCCAGGAGGAGACCCUUCCACGCCUGGUUACCCGAGUGUCGAUGGAAGCUUCAGACAAAGCCGCUGGAACCUCACCCCUCUGUUGGUGCAGCCAGUCUCUGCAUCCCUUGUUGCAAAGCUCAUCUCUUCAGGGAAAGCCAGAACCCAAAAUGAUGUCUGCAGCCCUCUAGAGCUCCCAAACAAUGAAAAAAGAGUUGUCAGCUUGCAAGUUCAAACUGUCACAAAAUUCAAACCAGUCACUAAUGUUGUUGGAUAUUUAAGGGGCUUUGCAUCCCCAGACCGGUACGUCAUAGUUGGCAGCCACCAUCACACUGCACACAGUUUUAACGCACCAGCCUGGGCCAGCUCCACUGCGGUGAUGCUGGCUUUCAUCCGGGCCUUGACCUUCAGAGUUGAGAGAGGGUGGAGACCAGACCGCACUAUUGUUUUCUGCUCGUGGGGAGGAACGGCUUUUGGCAAUAUUGGCUCAUAUGAAUGGGGAGAGGAUUUCAAGAAGGUUCUGCAGAAAAAUGCUGUGGCCUACAUAGGCCUCCACAGUCCUGUAAGGGGUAACUCGAGUCUGCACCCUGUGGCCUCACCCUCUCUCCAGCAACUGCUAGUAGAGAAAAAUAAUUUCAACUGUACCCGGAGAGCUCAGUGCCCAGAAACCAAUGUCAGUUCUGUACAGAUACAAGGUGACGCUGAUUAUUUCAUCAACCAUCUUGGAGUUCCCACCGUGCAGUUUGCUUAUGAAGACAUCAAGGCAUUGGAGGGUCCAAGUUUUCUCUCCGAGGCACUUUUUCCUAGACAUGCAACAGAUAUUGAAGAAAUGGAUCCUUUUUUCAAUCUUCAUGAAACGAUCACCAAGCUCUCUGGAGAAGUGAUUUUGCGAAUUGCCAAUGAACCAGUCCUGCCCUUUAAUGCUCUUGAUAUAGCUUUAGAAGUUCAAAACAACCUUAAAGGUGAUCAACCCGACGCUCACCAACUGCUGGUCCUGGCCUCGCGGCUGCGGGAGAGCGCUGAACUCUUCCAGUCGGAGGAGAUGCGACCUGCUAACGACCCCAAGGAGAGAGCGCCCUCCCGCGUCCGGAUGCUGAACGACGUUCUCCAGGACAUGGAGAAAAACUUCCUGGUCCGGCAGGUGCCACCCGGUUUUUAUAGAAACAUCCUGUACCACCUUGAUGAGAAGAAAAGCCAAUUUUCAACACUUGUGGAGGCUUGGGAGCACUGCAAGCCACUUGCAUCAAAUGAGACCCUUCAAGAAGCCCUAUCAGAGGUGUUGAACAGCAUUAAUUCUGCUCAGGUUUACUUCAAAGCAGGACUUGAUGUGUUCGAGAGUGUCUUAGUUGAAAAGAACUGAGAAAACGUUCAGAAUUUUAAAAAGUGUGUUUACAAUUCCACCAGCAAAUGCUCUCAUCUGACCAGAUUUUCUGACAUGGAAGUCUUGUUUCUCCCAAUGGCUUUUUGAC